AUGGUUUCUCUCGGCCUAUCAGGCCGCAGCCUCAUGGCAGGCAUUUCCUGUUCCACUGGAAUGGGCUUCGUCAUUUUUGGCUAUGAUGACGGCGUCAUCGGCGGUCUCCUGACAGCUGAUGCAUUCAAAGAGACCUUCCAUCUCAGUUCUUCGAUGGAAGGUACUGUCACAGCUCUCUUUGUUAUCGGGUGUCUAUUUGGAUGUUUGGGGACCAGUUUCUGCAACGGGCGCUGGGGCCGUUUAGCCAUCGCGCAAGUGGGAUCGGGUAUUCUUAGCGUCGGAGCUAUACUUCAAGCAUCGAGCUAUACUACCGCACAACUGAUCGUCGGGCGAAUUGUUGCUGGAGUUGGCCUUGGGCUCAUCUCGAGUAAUCUGGGCGUUUGGCAGUCUGAAUUGGCGACGAGGGAAAUCCGUGGAAUGCUUAUGGCUGUUUCCUUGAGUUUUCUCAUUUUGGGCCAAGUUUUGGCUUAUUGGAUUGAUUAUGGACUGUCGGUAUAUGAAAGUAGUGUGUCGUGGCGGUUUCCCAUGGCUUUUCAAGCGUUUUUGGGCAUCACGCUCAACAUCAUGCUAUUAUUCAUGCCGGAAUCCCCCCAAUGGUUAUUCCAACAUGACCGACACGAAGAAGGCACAGACGUUCUUCGAAAUUUGCGCUCUUCUCGCGGGGUGCUUGACGAGACUGCACUGAACACAACGGUCGCGGAAAUACAGGAUGCUUUGGCGCUUGAAAGUGAGCAGAAAGGUUGGAUGGAUCUCCUCAAAGAUGACCAUGUCCGAUCUCGUCGUCGUGUCUUUCUUGCGUGUCUUUUGAAUGCAUGCCAGGCAUGGAGUGGUAGUACCCCUAUCAGCUAUUAUACAACUGUUAUAUUCGAAAACUCAGUUGGUUUUGAUCGGAAUUUCGCUCUUCUCAUGUCCGGAUUCCUCCAAAUCUGGUUCCUGGUUGCAUCUUUCGGAACCUGGUACAGUAUCGAGAAGCUUGGGCGACGCAGAUCAUUCAUCACUUCGGCUAUCGGGAUGGCUUCGGUGAUGGCUAUUAUGGCUGCAAUGCUGGCGAUCAACACGCAUGUCUCGGGAAUUGUCGCCGCGGUGAUGCUUUUCGCUUACCAGGCAUUUUACACUUGGGGAUUUAUGGGUGGACUCUGGUGUUAUGGCCCUGAAAUCCUGCCUCUAGCCCACCGUUCAAAGGGAAUUGGUCUUGCCACGGCCUUCCUCUGGCUGUCCACAUUUGUGGUCAUCGAGAUCGUUCCUGUGGCAAUUGAGAACAUCGGGUGGCGAACUUACAUUAUUUUUGCAGUUUUCAAUCUUGCUUUUGUGCCUAUGAUCUACUUCCUCUAUCCUGAGACAGCCGGCUUUAGUUUGGAGGCUGUCGAUCUCACAUUCAUGGACCGCAGCAGAUCACCGGUGAAAAAGGCCGACGAGCUAUGGAAGUUGAUCCGAGAUGGCCAUGAUGUGACUUUGACUCGGGAGGUCGACCGGAAGCAUGAGGUCGAGCAUGUUGAGGUUGCUUGA